ACUGAGCUUCCCGUUGGCCCUCCCUGACGGCCGCGCGUCCGUCUGUGCUGCUGGUUCCGCCGCGCGGCCGGCCGCCCUCCGCCGGUGUGAGCAGGUCCGCCGCCCGCCGAGCCAUUUCCUCCGGGCCCGUCCCUGCGCCGUCCUCCCCGGCCGGCUCCCGCGGGCUCCGCCGACGCCUCCCCGGGCGGCGGGCGGGCUGAGCGUCCACUCCCCCGAGGCGCUCUCUCGGCGGCGGGCCCGCCCCCCCUGAGCGCCGGCGCCUUCCGCCAGCUGCUCUCCUCCCGGCGCCGUCCGCCCCGCCGCCGGCCUCCGCAUCCCCGCGGGUGCAGCCGAAGCCCGGGCUCACAUGGAGGAGGCCGGGGCCUUGUCCCCGCCGCCCGGCCGCGACGGGUGUCCGGCCGACGACGCUGUGAAGAGAUAUGAGCAGAAUGUCAAACUCUCAGGCAUUAAAAGAGAUAUUGAGGAGCUUUGCAAAGCCGUGCCACAGCUUGUCAGUGUGUUCAAAAUUAAGGACAAAAUCGGAGAAGGCACCUUCAGCUCUGUUUAUUUGGCCACGGCACAGUUGCAAGCAGGACAUGAAGAGAAAAUUGCACUGAAACACUUAAUUCCUACAAGUCAUCCUGUAAGAAUUGCAGCAGAGCUUCAGUGUCUGACCGUUGCUGGGGGCCAAGACAAUGUCAUGGGGGUGAGGUGCUGCUUCAGGAGCGACGACCACGUGGUCAUUGCUAUGCCGUAUCUGGAACACGAGUCUUUCUCGGACAUUUUGAAUUCUCUUUCAUUUCAAGAAGUUCGGGAAUAUAUGUUUAAUCUCUUCAUAGCUUUGAAACGGAUUCAUCAGUUUGGUAUUGUUCACCGUGAUGUGAAGCCCAGCAAUUUUUUAUAUAAUAGACGCCUGAAAAAGUAUGCCUUGGUGGACUUUGGUUUGGCCCAAGGAACCCAUGACACAAAAAUAGAGCUGCUCAAAUUUGUCCAGGCUGAAGCUCGGCAGGAUGGCUGUUCCCGAAACAAGUGCCACGGGGUCAUUGGCCACAAGGGCUCCCUGAGUCGCCCAGCUCCUAAGAACCUGGAUCAGCAGUGCACCACAAGGACUUCUGUCAAAAGAUCCUACGCAAAUGCACAGAUUCACGCUAAGCCAGGAAGAGAUGGAAAGGAGGGGUCUGUAGGCCUUUCUGUCCAGCGCUCUGUGUUUGGAGAAAGGAAUUUCAAUAUACACAGCUCCAUUUCACAUGAGAGCCCCGCAGAGAAAUGCAUCAAGCCGUCAAAGACUGUGGACGUAAUAUCAAGAAAGCUGGCAGCGAAAAAGACGGCCAUCUCUGCGAAAGCUCUGAAUAGCGUGACGAGGAAAGCCGCCAGUUCCUGCCUCACUGUCCUGACGUGCGACUGCUUUGGAACAGAUAGAGUCUGCAGCAUUUGCCUGUCGAGGCGGCAGCAGGUUGCCCCAAGAGCAGGCACACCAGGAUUCAGAGCGCCGGAGGUCCUGACAAAGUGUCCAGACCAGACGACAGCGAUUGACAUGUGGUCUGCAGGUGUUAUCUUCCUAUCCUUGCUCAGUGGGCGGUACCCAUUUUACAAGGCCAGUGAUGACUUGACGGCUUUGGCUCAAAUCAUGACCAUUCGAGGAUCCAGGGAAACCAUCCAAGCUGCUAAAGCUUUCGGCAAAUCAAUUUUGUGUAGCAAAGAAGUUCCAGCACAAGAUCUGAGGAAGCUGUGUGAGAGACUCAGAGGUCUGGACUCUUCCACUCCCAGGUUGGCAGUUGACCCACCAGGGCACGCUUCCGGUGGCCCUGCUUCCGAGAACACUGACCCUCAGGCUUCCCGAGGACAGGCUUCUGCAGCACAGCACUCGGAGGGCUCCUCGAGUGGAGGGGACAAUGCUGGCUGUCCCAGGGUCGUUACUGCCAACACGGAAGGCUGGGACACGGUGCCUGACGUCGCCUAUGACCUGCUGGACAGACUUCUGGAUCUGAACCCUGCCUCGAGAAUAACUGCAGAAGCAGCCUUACUGCAUCCGUUCUUUAGAGACAUGAGCUCUUGAUGGCUGUCCAUCCGCCAGCCCUGCUGUGCUGUGAGGGAGCAGAGGAAGGGGUCCUAAUGAUCCUGGGAUGUCCUUAGCAAGACUUCUGAGUUAAACCUCCAAGGUGGCUCAGGUCUUUUGUUUCCUGGUUUGCUUAGCUGAUGCCUGGGCUUAAGGUCCAGACCAUAAAUGAAUAGCUUCGACCAAGUAAAUGAGGGAAAACCAGUUUUCAGGCCACUGGGUGGUCUGUGCUGUGAGAGAGAGAGAGAGAGAGAGAGAGAGAGAGAGAGAGAGAGAGAGAGAGUGUGUGUGUGUGUUGGGGGGUUGGCUCUUGGUAUAUAGAAGAGUGAUCUUUCCUGUAGGUGUGUAAAUAAACCUAACUUGCACAGAUGUGGGCCUCCACCCAUCAGUCUCCUUGUAAGUGGCAGGGUGCUCAGUGCUGAGUCACUGAGUGCUUGACUAAGUUGCGUGCAUUUGCCAAAUACUGUGCAUAUUGUCAUGAGGCAGAAAGGCUUCUUACUUUUUUCUCACGUCAUCUUAGUUCGUCCAGUUAGGUGCUGCCACAAGAAGGGAGCACAGAAUGGGGACAUGACUGUGGGCCUUGUCUGUCUGGAGCUCCCUGACCUCUGGACUACUGUUCUAAGCUGACCGUGUUUAGAGUCUUAGUGUAUCAGGGAGAAGAAUGAAUUUGUGGUAUUUACACUCGGAGCUGCGUCAAGUCUUUUGGCAUACUAGGCUCCCAGGAGCCACCAGGAGAGACUGCUGAGGAGUCUCUGCUGUGCCAUCACAGACUGUAGGCACUCGUUAUGUUCCUAUUUUGAGCAGGGCUAGAUCAAUGUUUACAUAACCCACCUGAUGUGUAUAUAUAAUAUAUAUUUGUGUAGAUACACACUGUCUUAUGCUGUUAUUUUUUUAAGACUUGAAUAUUUUGGUAUAUGUAUUUAAUAAUAAAUUUUUUCUUUUAGGUUCUUA